AUGACGCCCGCGCGCGGGAUCGCCGUGGUCGCGUGCGCGAUAGCCGUUGUCGCGGAGAUUCGCGACUCCACCGCCGAUAGCAACUUCACCGUCGAUAGCGACGAGGAGGCGAUUCGGUUUUUGCAAACCUACAGAUACCUGGAUGGCGAUAAUGUGCAAACGAUCUCCGAUAACGCGACGUUGGCUCUGAGACACGCGAUCGCGCUUUUCCAGGAGUAUUACCGUAUAUCUGGUGAUGGUGUUCUUAACGAAGCUACAUUGGAACAGAUGCGUAAACCGCGAUGCGGCGCCAAAGAUAUAUCGAGUAACUUGGAAAAAUCUCCGAGGAAAUGGGCGAAGACGCAUUUCGCUUGGAACUUUCACCUGUUGCUGGACGGACCAGGAAACGUGCUAGCUCACGCUUUUUUACCAUCGUCCGAAGUGUCGGAGGUGCACGUGGAUAACGCGGAGAAGUGGCACAUCGAGCUGACCGUUAAUCCUGACGAUACGAUUCAUCUGCUACAUACAUUGACGCACGAGAUCGGCCACGCGUUAGAAUUACAUCACAGUCCUCAGAAAAAUACGAUAAUGUACGCCUUCGUCCCUUCUAAGACCUUUCCUGCGAUUGAGUGA